GCACAAAUCGGCUCGGCCUCGCGUUUUCCCCUCCGCUUCGGGAGCGCCCCUCUGUACCCCGCGCCUGCCGGGCCGGCCCUCGCUGCUCUCGCCGCGUUUUUCCACAAUUUUCGUUUCUGCGGAGCCUCCCCGUGGUUUUUUAAGCUCUUUAAGGUCCGUGGGGUAUUCACUCAUCAAGAAUAGAGCGUGUCGAGCUGUUGUUUCACGCCACGUUCACUGUCGGGAAUUAAUUGAGAGCUCGGUGCAGAGAUGGGGCCCCGGCGGAAAACUGUGAAAGCGAGCGCGGUGAGCAGGGAAGGGGCAGAGUCUACCAAAGCUGAGGAGCCAAAAGAUUACAUGAACCAACUCUCUCAUGAAGUGCUUUGCCACAUCUUUCGGUACCUGCCCUUGCAGGACAUCAUGUGCAUGGAGUGCCUGUCAAGGAAGCUGAAGGAGGCCGUGACGCUGUACCUGCGCGUGGUCAAGGUGGUGGAUCUGUGUGCGGGGCGUUGGUGGGAGUACAUGCCCACAGGUUUCACUGAUUCCAGCUUCCUAACGCUGCUGAGGAAGAUGCCAGACAUUGAACAACUUUAUGGUCUUCAUCCCAGGUAUCUGGAAAGGCGCCGAGUCCGUGGCCACGAAGCUUUCAGCAUUCCUGGAGUUUUAGAGGCUUUGCAGGCCUGUCCAAAUUUGCUGGGUGUUGAGACCUCUCAUUUAGAGCUGGUGGAAGCUAUUUGGACAUACAUGCCCCAAGUCCACAUUUUAGGGAAGUUUCGUAAUCGUAAUGGUGCUUUUCCAAUUCCUCCUGAGAACAAGCUGAAAAUUCCUAUAGGAGCUAAAAUUCAGACUUUGCACUUAGUAGGGGUGAAUGUCCCUGAGAUUCCUUGUAUCCCAAUGCUGAGGCACCUUUAUUUGAAGUGGGUGAGACUCACCAAACCACAGCCUUUUAAAGAUUUCCUUUGUAUCAGCUUGCGUGCUUUUGUCAUGAGGAACUGUGCUGGACCCACAAACUCUCUGAAGUACGUUCCCCUGGUGACAGGCCUGGCUUCUGCCAGGAAUCUGGAGCACUUGGAACUGGUCCGUGUUCCAUUUCUUGGAGGGCUUAUCCAGCACGUGGUAGAAGACAGCUGGAGAUCAGGUGGUUUCAGGAAUUUGCACACUAUAGUUCUGGGAGCUUGCAAGAAUGCACUUGAAGUGGAUCUUGGCUACCUCAUCAUAACUGCUGCACGAAGGUUGCACGAAGUGCGGAUCCAGCCUUCCUUGACCAAAGAUGGUGUUUUUUCUGCUUUGAAGAUGGCUGAACUGGAAUUCCCACAGUUUGAAACUCUUCACCUAGGCUACGUUGAUGAGUUUUUACUACAGUGUAAAAUGACGAGUACGGACUUGGUGAGGUACGGCUUGGCUGAUGUGGUUGAAAAUCCAGGAAUUAUUACAGAUAUUGGUAUGAAAGCUGUAAAUGAAGUUUUUUCUUUCAUCAAGUAUCUGGUCAUUUACAACUGCCCACAUCUACAUAACCCAAAUAAUUGGAUCACAGACCACUCGAGGUGGACCCGCCUGGUUGACCUGACCCUGGUGAGAUGCCACGCCAUCAAGCUGGACUCUUUCAGUCAGUUCAUCGAGUUACUGCCAAGCUUGGAGUUUAUUUCUCUGGACCAGAUGUUCAGAGAGCCUCCAAAGGGCUGUGCUCGCGUGGGCCUAAGUGCAGGCACAGGAAUUGGGGUCUCCUCUGCCCUGGUGAGCAAUCAGAACUCCAACAAUGACAAUGACAACAACAACAACCACCAGAACAACAACAACAACCCCAACAUCCACCACAACAACCACCAGCACCCCAACGAGCAGAACGAGGAGAACGAGCUGCGCCAGGAGGGCCCUGCUGAGGAGCAGCAGAUUGGGGCUGAGGCCCUGAAUGAGAUGGAGGAGGUGGCACAGGAGGAAGGGGAAGCUGCUGGCCAGGGCCAGGACGAGCUGCCAGCUCCCAGCCAGGCUGUUGUUCCCAUGGAGGUGGAUGAGGAGCAAGCAGGACCAAGUGGAAUUCAACCUGUUGUAAAAGCGACUCCUAUUACCAUCCAUGAUUCGGACAGUGAGGAUGAGGAGGAAAACAUGGGCACUUCCAGAGCCUGCAUCUCCAACAGCAUUGCACAGAGUUACUCAGAUGGGGAAGAGAAGGGCAGGGAUCCAGUGGAAACCAGAGAGCCUUCAGUGAGCGGCAAAGGCAAGACUCCCCUGCGGAAGAGAUGCAGCACCAGCCAUGGGAGCCAGGCCAAGCAGUUCCCCGUGGAGGAGAGCAGCUGUGAGAAGGGCUGCCAGGUGACCAGUGAGCAGAUCAAAGCUGACAUGAAAGCAGCCAGUGACAUGCCUGAGAGGAGCAAGAGCAAGGAUUCCUACGGCAGCACCGCCCCGGCAUCCACGGCAACACCCGGCUCCUGCAGUGCUGCUUCUCCCAGUCCUGACUGUGCCCAGGCAGCCCAGAGCCACUCUGCUGACAGCAGCCCAGCAGCUGGGGAGGAGUCCAGGCAGUGUGGCUGCUCUCCUUGCAGGAGGGAUGGAUCCAGCGAGAGGGAGCCCGAGGAGAGCUCCGUUUGUUCCCGGUGCUCCUCCAAGGCCGCGCAGCACAGGACGAGCGGGGGGUGUGAUGGGGAGAGCCCCUCCACGAGUGGAGCCUGCAGGGACGGGCCAGACUUUGCACUUAGGACACUGCCAGACUGUGGGGCUGCAGGAGAGCCUGGGGAUGACAGGACUAGUGGGAGUGCCUGUGGGGCUGGCAGCCAGGAGCAGAGCACGCAGCCCCCGGGCUGGGAGCUGGACUGCAAGGAGGAGUAUCCACGGAGACCCCUGACCAGGGCCAGGAGCAGACUGUCCCACGUGCCUCUGGUGUCAGAGCCAGAAGUAGCAAAGCCAAAGCCAAGGCAAACCACCAAGAGGAAAAGGACAGCUGACAAAUCCACCAGUACCAGUGACCCUGUGAUUGAGGAUGAUCAUGUUCAGGUACUGACUUUGAAGUCCAAAAACCUUGUAGGAAUCACAUUGACCAACUGUGGAAUAACAGAUUUGGUGCUGAAAGACUGCCCCAAAAUGAUGUUCAUCCAUGCUACAAGGUGCCGUGUGUUGAAGCACCUGAAGGUGGAGAACGCCCCCGUUGUGAAUCGCUUUGACUACGCCCAGUGCAAGAAGCUGAACAUGGAUCAGGUCCUGGACCAGAUCCUCAGGAUGCCCCCAGAGAGGAACAGGAUCAUUUACCUUCGUCCCAUGCAGCAGGUGGACACGCUGACUCUGGAGCAGAAGAUCUUCAGUGGCCCCUACCCCUACCACAUCUGCAUCAUCCACGAGUUCAGCAACCCCCCCAACGUGCGCAACAAGGUGCGGGUGCGCAGCUGGAUGGACACCAUAGCCAACAUCAACCAAGAGCUGAUUAAAUACGAGUUCUUCCCUGAGGCCACCAGGACUGAAGAGGACCUGAAGAAGUACCCCAAGUACCCCUGGGGCAGAGACAUUUACACCCUGGAAGGCAUUGUGGAUGGUGCUCCUUAUUCCAUGAUCACUGACUUCCCCUGGCUGAGGUCCCUGAGGACAGCAGAGCCCAACAGCUACGCCAGAUACGACUUUGAGGAUGAUGAGAGGACCACCAUCUACGCCCCGAGGAGGAAGGGGCAGCUCUCAGCUGACAUCUGCAUGGAGACCAUCGGCGAGGAGAUCUCGGAGCUGCGCCAGGUCAGGAAAGGGGUGUUCCAGAGGGUCGUGGCCAUCUUCAUCCACUACUGUGAUGUCAAUGGGGAGCCUGUGGAGGAUGACUACAUCUGAGGGGUGCCCCCCAACCUGCCCUCCCUCCCCCUGGCACUGCUGGCCAAGAAAAAGCAGGAUUUAUUUUUAUUUUUUUUUUCCAAAUGCAAAGCAUUUCCCACCAAGGCACCCUCGGCUCUCCCUGUGGCCAGGAGGAUGUAGUUAAAUGUAAAAUGGAAAGUACAAAUUGUAUACUAAGAGUUGUACAUAGAGGAAACAAAAAACAAAAACGAGACUUCCUAAUACUGAGACUUUAUUUCAUAUGUUUAUACAAUUUAAUUUAAGAUCCAUUUUAAUGAAGGCCAAUAAUUGGGAAUGGGGAAGAAGAUUUGAACUUUUCAGCCCGUACAAUUCAUAGCAGUAUUUUCUUUUCUCCUUCUAAACAACAACUCCAUUUGCUGUGUUCAAAAAGAGUCAUCAGAGUCUCUUUUAAUCUGUGCCUUUUUCUUGAGCAUUUAAGAGUCCAGUCUGAGUAAACCUGUUGAGCACAAUCUUGGUGUCUUGUGUGCAUUUCUGGAAGGGUCAGAAUAUUCUCCAGCUGUUGCAAAGAAGGCCAGAAGCAGAAAAAAAAAAAAAAUAAAGUAGAGAAUUUGGUGAUCUGUGGUAGUUUCUAGAGGUAUUCAACCCAUUUUUGGGGGCAAAGGAAGCCCCCAUGUUUAGCACCUUGGAAACAGAAUGUUCUCAAGCAUUUUGUACUGUUAGAUUUCAUUUUCGUGGUGUAUUUGACUCUGUACUAUGGAAAUCAAGUUGCUGAUUGUUGGUUCCACCCUCUGAACACAAACCUGCCCAUUCUAGCUGGCUGGAAGCUGAGAGCUUUCCCUUCAGGCAGGCAGAAAAGGGGAUGUGGAGCUGCCUGGUGGCUGUGGCAGCGCAGGCUCCGUGUUGUGACACAGCCAGGGCUGGCUUGUGCUCACUCCUGGCUGCACAUCUUCCACAUGGUCAGUAAAAACUGCUGCUAUUUGCCCCAAAACAUGUGUGUGUUGUGUAUUGAAAGGUGCUCCCGGUGCCCACAGGCUUUGGUGGGGAUUUGCUGCCAGUGCAGGUGUAAAAUUCACAUUUUGGUGUUGCCCUCACAGGGUGCCUGGGGCUGGCAAAGGCCAAUUCCCAGCUCUGGAAGUGGCUGCUUGAAUUCCCAGCUCUGGCCUGGUCUCUCAUCCAUGCUUGUUUAAAAUUGGUGUUACCAGCCUAGAAAAUGACACUUCCUGAGGUAAAAGCUGUACAGUUUAGACCAUUUUAUCCAAUUUUGUUCAUCAUCCUGAUGGUGAUUCUCUGAAUUUGGGGUAAAUGUGGUUAAUGGGAAUUUCCAUCAUGUUUAGCUCUGUAAAACUGAGGUAAAGCUGCUCCACACAGCAAAGCCAGUGUUGGUUUUCUCUGCCUCUCUGUGGGAAUUCUUGGGUUAAUGUGAAAGUAGGAAUCCAUGGAUAAGAGGAAGAGAAUGGUGCCUAAAGGGAGCAUUUCCUCAGCCUUGCUCUGUGCUGACUGGAGGUGGAGCACUAAACACCAGAGAAUGUGAAUGUUACUAAAUUUGCUUUAAUGCAGGAUCACAGUCAAUGGUUUAUUAUAACUCUUGUAUUUAAUUAACCGUAGAUAAUGUAUUCAAUGAUAUUCAGCCAAAACAAUUGUGACCCUUUCUAGAAGUGUUUCAAGUCCUCUGAAUCAUUGAUUCUGUCAGAUUUACCAUUUUAGUCCAGAAAAUGUUACUGAGUUUCUGGAGUAUUGCACCACUUCUCCAGCUGGUAUCUCCUCACUCCAGCCUUUUGCAGAAGUAUUUACACAAAUAAAGUGUUUGUUUAUAUUCAGUA